GGGUAACACAACAACGUUGAUGGGCAUUCUUCCACUUGCCAGAUUAUAGUCCUAAAUGCCUUGUACUUUUGUAAAGCCAUGUUGUUUCGUUCUGAAACCGAAUGCUACUGUUUUGGUAAAGAAAAGUGAGUUGCUUCGAAACUCUGCUAUUAGUAGAUAUCGCCCUUCUAAGCAUAGUUUUUGUUUACGAUCUCCUUUGCUUUGUCGUCAUCAACCAUCAGUUAGCUCCGACGUUUGCACUCGUAUUCUUCCUGUCGUUCAAACUCCCAACGAAAACGUCCACUUGGACUUGGUUAUACUCACUAACGGACCUGGAGAACUUAACACUUGGGUUAGGCCAGUCGUAGGGAAACUAAGAAGCCUCGAGAAAGGAUCAGUUCCUCCUUGGGCCCACUUGAGAAUAUCGAUAGUGCUUUGCCCUUGUGUACAUGCAAGUGGUAGUGAGUAUGAAAUUGCAGUAGAUAUGUCAGGAGUCGAUAGAGUGCUUCCAACAAAACUAUGGUUGCCGUUUCUAUUAUUUGGGUAUACUGGACAAGCGAAUUGGAAUUGGCACUCCAGAGGUGUUGUAUUGUACCUUGGUGGAGAUCAAUUUUUCGCUGGUUGUAUAGCUCACAGGUUGGGUUUCAAAAGUAUUGCAUACGUGGAAUGGAGAGCUCGUUGGCCUGGAUGGAUCGAUUAUUAUUUAUUUGCUAGGAAGCACACCUCAAGUUACGAGAAUUCGGAUGUUAUAGGAGACCUUAGCGUGGAUUCUUCGGCCUCUAUGUUAGAAAGACUAGAUAAUAAGGAAGUUGAACGAAAGUUUGGUCCCAAUCCACGUUUGAUUGCGCUACUUCCUGGUUCCAAAGAGAUGAAGUUAGCUUCUCUGGUGCCUCUUUUCUUUGGAAUCUGUGAUGUCAUUUAUCGUUCACAACCAAACUAUCGCUUUGUACUAUUUCUUGCUCCAGGGGUAACUGUAGAGUCUAUUUGUCGUUAUGCCAAUUCGGAUACCAAUCGGAUGGUUUCCUUGUUCGGAGAAAAGAGCAGUGAAUAUGAUCAUGAUAAUCAUUGUUUUGUUACUGCAAAUGGCACAAUAAUUGAUAUUUGGGAUAGAAUGCCUGCAUAUCAUGUGUUGAAUCGUUGUAAGCUUGCACUCUCUUCUGUUGGUGCAAAUACAGCCGAGUUGGCUGGAAUAGGACUUCCGACAUUUGUAAUUGUUCCUACACAACAGUUAGAUGCCAUGAGAGCUUGGGAUGGUAUAUUAGGUAUAUUGUGUAACAUUCCCUUUAUUGGACGUCUUGUGGCUCUGUUUGUGAAUUGGUUAGUUGUAUUUUUGUAUCGAAAAGGGAAGUUUGGAUAUUUAGCCUUACCUAAUAAGUGGGUGAAUAGAAUGGUCAUGCCGGAGUUUGUCGGUAAAUUGACUUGCAAAGAUAUUGGUAUUCGAGUAUUGGCUUGUAUCACUACUCCAAAUAUACUGUAUCGAAUGCAUCGUGAACUCAUUCAAGUAUGUCAACCCUUUGGUGCAGUUACCAAACUGGCCACUGCUGUUUGGAAUAUUCUAUUGAUCUCUUCAACAAAUGCCUAAUAAAAUCAAAAGACAUUUCUUGUAGUAGGC